AUGGCUGAAUUCAAGCAACCAGUCCGACCGGACUAUCCUAGUCAGAAACCCAGCGCUCUCCCCGAGCCCCCGUACCGUCCAUACUGGGAACGAAGCCCAGUUCAAUACGCUCAGGAUCUCCUUGGAUACUCGGAGGACCCGAUAGAAUACGACCACAACGACCGCGACUACUGGGACAACUGCUUCUUCUUCCCGGAGGACUGUUCUUGGUCCCCGCCGAAAGACUGGGUCAUCGAGGAACAUAUCAGCAGUAGCAGCAGCAACACCGCACCAGAAGCUUGCCACGAACCGUCCACGGACAACACAAUCGCCAUGAUUCCCGGACUUCCGGAUAUCAAAAUGCUAGAUGCGGAGGCCCUGAGUGACCUGCUAGAAGACAACCUCUCACCUCCCGAAAUUACAUCGAUAGUAGUCUUUUCUACCAACGGCGCCAUCUUCGCCUACGCCUCGACCCUGUCAUCCCGCCAACUCCGCAAUCUAAGCGCCACCUACGGCGCAGCCUAUACCUGCUACGCAAAGAAUGCCUCGACAGGCAACCUCACCGGCGUGAACCCCGCCAGCCAUCCUUCGUCAUACGUGACCACUCCCUCCGUAUCUCUCGGCGACGUCGGAUCGAUUGUCUUUGAGCUCGACGACUCGGUUGCCGUCGUCACCCCAAUAGCCGACAAGGUCCUCCUGGCCGCCAUCGGACCCUCCAGAUUGGGCAGCAACAGCGCCCAGGAUGCAUCCGCCAGCACCACAAACGGUCACACACACGCAACCCCGAACGGCUCCACGCACCACCACCACCACCAUGCAUCAGGCGCAAACACCCCCGACUCCACCUCCAACAACACCCACAAUGUCCGCACCUACGCCAGCGUCGUAUCAUCCAACACCGGGGGCGGCCGAAGUAACGGCGCCAGCGCUCCAGGUGGUGGUGGCGGGGGCGGCGGUGACACAAGCGACUCGCAAACAGACUCGCACCUAGAGACCCAAUACGAGAUCGACCGCAGUAGCGACCUUGCCCGUUUGGCCACGCUGAACCUCUCCGCUGCGCCGGAGAUCCUUCUCGCCCUAGAGUCCAAAUCCGCCGCCUUGGGUCGGUUCCUAAGCCAGAAGCUAGAAGACCUAGAAAGUCCGGAGGACUUCUAG